AUGGCACCAAUUGAGCUUGCCAGUCGAACUGGAGGCGCCGCGAGGCGGUUCUUGACGCGCACGCGACCAUGCCUUACCGGAUCCUCAUGUCUGCCGGUCAGGAGAACCUUCGCCACUGCGCAGGACAUCGACCAGAAGGACGCUGAGAUGCGUAGACUUCUGCCCAAGUCGAUCAAGCCUGACACCUACCGAAAGCUCCACGAUAACCUCCUCAAAGUCCGCCAAGUUCUUGGACAGCAAAGGCUCACACUUGCUGAGAAGAUCCUCUACAGCCAUCUUGACAAUGCCGAGGAAUCGCUCCUUACCGGUACCGAGAAUGGCCGUAACAUCCGUGGCAGCGCGAACCUGAAGCUGAACCCGGAUCGAGUCAAUAUGCAAGAUGCCUCGGCGCAGAUGGCCCUGCUGCAAUUCAUGUCCUGCAACCUGGCUCAGCCCGCCAUCCCGGCGAGUAUCCACUGCGAUCACUUGAUCGUGGGCUCCAAGGGCGCCGAGAGUGAUCUUGUCGAUGGCAUCAGCGUGAACAAGGAAGUUUUCGAUUUUCUCGAGUCAGCUGGACGCAAGUAUGGCAUGGACUUCUGGCCUCCUGGUGCUGGUAUUAUCCACCAAACGGUUCUUGAGGUUUACGCCCUGCCCGGUAUCAUGAUGUUGGGAACCGAUAGUCAUAGCCCUAAUGCUGGCGGUCUGUCCACCAUUACCAUUGGUGUUGGUGGUGCUGAUGCUGUCGAGGCGCUCGUUGGCGCUCCCUGGGAGCUGAAGGCGCCCCGCGUUCUCGGUGUCAAGCUGACUGGCAAGCUGAAUGACUGGGUUUCCCCCAAGGAUGUCAUCCUCAACCUGGCCGGCAAGCUGACCGUGCGAGGAGGAACUGGUUUUAUUGUCGAGUACUUUGGUGAAGGCGUCGAGACCCUCAGUGCCACUGGUAUGGCGACCAUCUGCAACAUGGGUGCCGAAGUUGGCGCCACGACCUCCAUCUUCCCCUAUACAAAGGCCUCAGAACGUUACCUUCUCCAAACCCGUAGAGAGGCUCAACAUCGUGCCCUCGAGGGCUACAGAAACUGGGGAAGCUUCAACUUCAGAGCUGAUGAGGGCGCCGAGUACGACCAAGUCAUCGAAAUCAACUUGUCUGAGCUUGAGCCCCACAUCAACGGCCCCUUUACCCCCGAUUUGGCUACUCCUCUGUCACACUUCAAGGAUACUAUUCAGCAGGAGCAAUGGCCUCAGGUUCUUUCCGCCGGUCUCAUUGGCAGCUGUACCAACAGUUCGUACGAGGACAUGACUAAGGUUGAGAGCAUGGUUAAGCAGGCUGAGAAGGCUGGCUUGAAGCCCAAGGCUCCCUUCUACAUUACUCCCGGUAGCGAGCAGAUCCGUGCCACUCUUGAGCGUGACGGUACCUUGCAAACUCUUGAGGGUGCUGGUGGUAUUGUUCUUUCCAACGCUUGCGGUCCUUGUAUCGGCCAAUGGAAGCGCCAAGAUGACAUUCCCAAGGGAGAACUGAACGCCAUCCUUACGUCGUACAACCGUAACUUCCGUGGGCGUAACGACGGCAACCCUGGCACGAUGAACUUCCUCGCUUCCCCUGAAAUCGUCACCGCUAUGGCGUACGCUGGAUCCACCACCUUCAACCCUAUGACUGACAAGCUGCAAACCUCCGACGGCAAGGAGUUCCGCUUCGACCCUCCCCGAGGCCUAGAGAACCCCAAGACCCCCUUCGAAUCUGGUGUCGCUGCUCUUCAGGCUAUCUCCCCUGAGCAACCCAACCCCGAUAUCAAGGUGGCCAUCUCCCCGACCUCCGAGCGCCUCGCCUUCCUCGAGCCCUUCGCCCCUUUCCCCAAGGGCGACUUGAGCGGCCUCAAGGUUCUCGUCAAGGUUACUGGCAAGUGCACCACCGACACCAUCUCCGCCGCUGGCCCCUGGCUCAAGUACAAGGGUCAUCUGCCCAACAUCAGCACAAACACGCUCAACACUGCUGUUAACAAGGAGACGGGUGAGGUCAAUGCCGCAUACGACGUCGACGGCUCCAAGCAUACGAUCCCUGAGCUUGCGCAGCGCUGGAAGGAGCGCGGCCAAGAGUGGCUCGUCGUUGCCGAGCACAACUACGGCGAGGGUAGUGCGCGUGAGCACGCCGCUCUGCAACCCCGUUACCUCGGCGCCCGUGUCGUCUUGACCAAAUCUUUCGCCCGUAUCCACGAGACUAACCUCAAGAAGCAGGGUGUCGUGCCCCUGACGUUCGAGAACGAGGCCGAUUAUGACAAGAUCGCGGCCUGCGAUGAGGUUAGCACCAUUGGUCUGUACGAGAUGUUGCAGAACGGCGGCCAGGGCAAGGUGCAACUGCUCGUCAAGAAGAAGGACGGCUCCGAGGUGCUCAUCCCUACGCAGCACGCCGUUACCAAGGAUCAGGCUGGAUUUAUCCUUGCGGGUAGCGCUUUGAGCAUGCUCGCUAAGCGCAACAAGGCCUAA